UAUUAUUCCGUUUUUCCACCAUCAUCAUUUUACAGGUUGUAUUAUACUCAUUGUAUGCAAAUGACGGAAGUCUGACCUGACGUAUAUAAACUGGAAAAUUGAUUGUCGGCAUUCUUCCAGUAGUGACCGGCGACGACAUGGCUCUACUUUUGAAAAAACUGGCUACAAAUUUCUGCCAUGCCAUGAACACGCUGCACGAUCCACGGGUCGAGGAUUGGUUUCUGAUGAGGUCGCUGUGGUCAAUAGUCGGCAUAUCUUUACUCUAUUUGUACGUGAUCCUCGACAUCGGACCCAAAUUCAUGAAGAACCGCAAACCUUUCAACAUCGACAAGCUAAUGAUCUUCUACAAUGCAGCGCAGAUAGCAGCUUGCACCUACAUAGUAGUAGAGGGAUGCAGAAGCGCUUUGGUUAACUAUGACUUCUUAUGCGCUCCGGUGGAUUACUCCAAUUCACCUCAGGCUAUACACGUUGCUCGCAUUGUUUGGUUUUACUUCAUUGUUAAGAUAACAGACCUCUUGGACACGGUAUUCUUCAUAUUAAGGAAGAAGGAAAAUCAGGUGAGCUUCCUUCAUGUCUACCAUCAUUGGGGUAUGGUUGCUCUCUCUUGGAUUUUCACCAAAUUCGUACCCGGAGGUUACAUCAUGUACAUCAUUGUCAUAAACAGCUUCGUACACAUCAUUAUGUACGGAUAUUACUUGUUGACUGCUUACAACCCAGAAUUCAAGAAGAGCAUUUGGUGGAAGAAGCACAUCACUCAACUUCAAUUGCUGCAAUUCGGAAUUCUGCUUGCUCAGCAUCUGCAGAUGCUGGCGUUUCAACCAAACUGCCCCGUGCCAACAUUCUUAUUCUUCAUCCUCAUUCCACAGAACCUCACAAUAUUUUCCCUCUUCGCAGAUUUUUACUUCAAAGCCUAUAUUAAACCCAAUCUGAAGAUUCGGGAACAAUAAUGGAUAUACCUUCGUAAACUCAUAUUUAUAUUUAUUUCAUAUAUUCAACGACAACCAAAACUAUAAUGUUAAUAACUAAUUGUUAAUAAACUUAAAAUUAAUUUCAAACAUUCCAUUUAUA